CCAGCAUAAACCAACCCCCUUUCAAGAUCUACAUUAUUUUAUUUAUUUAUUUAUUUAUUUGAGACAGUUUCUCCCUUGUUGCCCAGGCUGGAGUGAAAUGGGGCAAUAUCAGCUCACCACAACCUCUGCUUCCCAGGUUCGAGCGAUUCUCCUGCCUCAGCCUCCCGAGUGGCUGGGAUUACAGAUAUGUGCCACCACUCCCAGCUAAUUUUGUAUUUUUAGUAGAGAUAGGGUUUCUCCAUGUUGGUCAGGCUGGUUUUGAACUCCCGACCUCAGGUGAUCCGCCCGCCUCGGCCUCACAAAGCGUUGGGAUUACAGGCAUGAACCACCGUGCCCAGCCAAGAUCUACACUAUUAUGUCACCCCAGAAAGUGAACUCUCACUCUUCCCAGCCAGUCUCUUUAUCAUAGGUUAGCUUGCUUAUUCUGGAAUUUCGCGUAUACAGAUGCAUGCCAUGCCAUAGGUACUCUUUUGUGUCUGCUUUGUUCUGCUCAACACUAUGUUUCUGAAAUCAUUACCAUUGUUGUAUGGUUCUCUAACUCCAUCAUUUCCAUUUCAGACUCAGCAUAUGCUGAGUUCAACCUGAUGAAGGGCUAUCUCUGUUUAAUUCACCAUCUUGAAAGAAACAUUUAAAAUUGAGAUGUUUUCAAGAAUAUGUAGUUAAAUCCUGAGGAAUCGAUGUAGAAAUGUUAUCACAAGCUGUCUGAACUUACUCAGGGGAAGUCUUCGUCUUCACUCACAUGAGAGUCUAAUGGAAUUAAUACCAACAAUCUUAGAGAAAUCCCACACUAUUCAUGCCAUUUUCAUGAUCUCCGCCUUGGUUAUCAAUACUCUGGCUGUCUAUCGUCAUCGUGAGACUGACUUUUGUGGAGGAGUUCGAGACCACCCUGGCCAACAUGGCAAAACCCCAUCUCCACAAAAAUUGGAUAAUUUGAUAAUUAUCAUUAUUGAGUUUCUGAGACCUUACACAUUUACCAUUCUCUUCUGCACAAAUUACCUUUGUUUGUCUUUCCUGAAGACUAUCUUCCAGUCUGAAAAUGGACAUGAUGGAUCCACGGAUGUACAGCAGAGAGCCUGGAGGUCCAACCGACGUAGACAGGAAGGAAAUAAAAUUGGCCUGAAAGACGUCAUUACUCUACGGAGACAUGUGAAAAGAAAAUUUAGAGCUAAAAUCCAUAAGAGGAAGGUGACAACGAAAAUCAACCAUCAUGACAAAAUCAAUGGAAAGAGGAAGACCGCCAGAAAACAGAAAAUGUUUCAACGUGCACAAGAGUUGCGGCGGCGGGCAGAGGACUACCACAAAUGCAAAAUCCCCCCUCCUGCAAGAAAGCCUCUUUGCAACCGGGUCAGAAUGGCGGCAGCGGAGCAUCGUCAUUCUUCAGGAUUGCCCUACUGGCCCUACCUCACAGCUGAAACUUUAAAAAACAGGAUGGGCCGCCAGCCACCUCCUCCAACUCAACAACGUUCUAUAACGGAUAACUCCCUGAGCCUCAAGACACCUCCCGAAUGUCUCCAUCGUCCCCUUCCACCCUCAGUGGAUGAUAAUAUCAAGGAGUGUCCUCUUGCUCCUCUUCCACACUCUCCUCUUCCACCCUCAGUGGAUGAUAAUCUGAACGAGUGUCUCCUUAUCCCUCUUCCACCCUCUCCUCUUCCACCCUCAGUGGAUGAUAAUCUGAAGGAGUGUCUCCUUGCUCCUCUUCCACCCUCUCCUCUUCCACCCUCAGUGGAUGAUAAUCUGAACGAGUGUCUCCUUGCUCCUCUUCCACCCUCUUCUCUUCCACCCUCAGUGGAUGAUAAUCUGAAGGAGUGUCUCCUUGCUCCUCUUCCACCCUCAGUGGAUGAUAAUCUGAAGGAGUGUCUCCUUGCUCCUCUUCCACCCUCUCCUCUUCCACCCUCUCCUCUUCCACCCUCAGUGGAUGAUAAUCUGAAGGAGUGUCUCCUUGCUCGUCUUCCACCCUCAGUGGAUGAUAAUCUGAAGGAAUGUCUCCUUGCUCCGCUUCCACCCUCUCCUCUUCCACCCUCAGUGGAUGAUAAUCUGAAGGAGUGUCUCCUUGCUCCUCUUCCACCCUCUCCUCUUCCACCCUCAGUGGAUGAUAAUCUGAAGACUCCUCCCUUAGCUACUCAGGAGGCUGAGGCGGAAAAACCACCGAAACCCAAGAGGUGGAGGGUGGAUGAGGUGGAACAAUCACCAAAACCCAAGAGGCGGAGGGCGGAUGAGGUGGAACAAUCGCCCAAGCCCAAGAGGCAGAGGGAGGCCGAGACACAAUUACCCAAACCCAAGAGGCGGAGGGCGGAUGAGGUGGAACAAUCGCCCAAGCUCAAGAGGCAGAGGGAGGCCGAGACACAAUUACCCAAACCCAAGAGGCGGAGGUUGAGUAAGCUGAGAACACGCCAUUGCACUCAAGCCUGGGCAAUAAGAAUAAAUCCGUGGGUCGAAAAAAAGAAAAAAAUCAAAAAAUAAAACAAAACCCACACUCCAAAAACAAACUAACAAAGAAUAAAUAAACAAUAUAAAAAUAAAAUAAAUACUGCAGUCCUUAUGUUAUUGCUUUGUUUCAGUAUCUGGUAUGAUUGCCUGAGGGACCUGAGGUUUUUAAUUGUGGGGUUUUUUUUUUAAUCUUUAGAAGUGGUUGGUUAUGUAAAAUAUUAUUAUUAUUAUUAUUAUUUGAGACUGGGUUUUGCUCUGUCACCCAGGCAGGAGUGCAGUGGCUCGAUCACAGCUCACUGCAGCCUCAACCUCCUGGGCUUCAAGCAAUCCUCCUGCCUCAGCCUCCCAAGUAGCUGGGAUCACAGAUGUGUGCCACCACACCUGGCCAAUGUUAAAAAAUCCUUUAACUUUUUUGUAGAGAUGCACUCCUGGACUCAAGCGAUCCUCCUACUGGUCCCGACCACCAGCCUCUUUCUGAUAAACAUUUACACUGUUUAUUAUCUGAUGCCAUUUCUAUCUUCUUCCUUGUCAUCCAGACAUCAAAGAAUUAGGUUUCUUCAGGGUUUUCUUUUUCAAGUCCUCAUUGUUAAAGAUCACUCACAUUAGGGCCAGACACCACGACUCAUGCCUGUAAUCCCAGCACUUUGGGAGGCCAAGGCGGGCAGAGCACUUGAGGUGGGGAGUUUGAGACCAGCCCGGCCAACUUGGUGAAACCCCACCUCUACUGAAAAACAUACAAAAAUUAGCUGGGCGUGAUGGUGCAUGCCUGUAUCCCAGCCACUUGGGAGGCUGAGGCAUGAGAAUCGCUUGAACCCAGGAGGCAGAGGUUGUAGUGAGCCAAGAUCACAUCAGCACACUCUAGCCUGGGUGACAGAGCGAGACUCUGACUCAAAAAAUAAAUAAAAUAAAUAUCACUUACAUUAGAUAUACCCAAGGGGUGUUCUAUAGAGAGUUGGAAGCAGUGGUUAUUGCAACAGGGGCACGGAAGUCAUCUGGCUAUGCCAGGAUGCCCAGGGGAUACUCGGGGUGGAUGGCAUAGUGGUGCUGGGGACUCACCGCACAGGACGCUCUGAUUGACGCACUGCCAGGAGUAGCGCUCUGUCUUGGGGCUGCAGCCGGCCUCCUCAGCUCGAGUGUAACAACAGUCGUGGCCAUGGCAGCACCUGCGGAUGUCACAUGGGCAGGACAGCAGGUGGGUGAAGCUCUCUCCUGGCCCUCCUCUCUUGCCAGGACCAUGGGUGACUGAAGACCCCCAGGGAGGCACAGCAUCCUCUUAUCUAAGUUUUUUUUGUUUUUUUUUAAGAGACAGGGUCUUUCUCUGUCGCCCAGGCUGGACUGCAGAGGCACAAUCAUAGUUCACAGCAGCCUUGAACUCCUGGGCUCAAGCGAUCCUCCCACUUCAGUGUCCCAAGUAGCUGAGACUACAGGCACACGCCAGCAUGCCCGGCUGGUUUUUUAAUUUGUAUUUCCUUUGAGACAGCGUAUCUCUCUGUCGCUCAGGCUGGAGUGCAAUGGCUCAAUCAGCUCACUUUAGCCUUGAACUCCCGGGCUCAAGUGAUACUGCCACCUCAACCUCCCAAGUAUGCUACUACAGGAACACAAACUCCUUUUUUAAAUUUUUUGUGGAUAUGGGGGUCUCACUAUGUUGCCUAGGCUGGUCUCGAACUCCCAGGCUCAAGCAGUCCUCCUACCUCAGCCUCCCCAAAUGCUGGGAUUACAGGUGGGAGCUACUGUAUGCCUGGCCUUAUCUAAGCUGUUUCCCUGAAAAUCCCCGACUUGGGUAAUGAUUCCAUUGGCCCCACCAUGCCCUGUCCUGCCUUCCUGGCUGUGCCCAAGCUUGGUCCCUGCCUGCCUGCCUGCCUCACUCUCUGGGUCUCGAGCUUCUGUGACACAUGACUCCUCUCUCUUCCUGGAGUGAUCCAAGCCCUGCCACUUCCUGACUUUGCCCACACUGUACCCUCUGCCUGGGGCAACUUCAUGUCUGCCCAUUGUCCCUUAGGCCUCAGCACAGGCACAAGCCCCUGCCUCCGGAGGUCAUCCAGGCCUCACCAGGCUACACCCUCUCGUAAAAUUGGAUUCCCUCCCUUCAGGGCAGGUUUAUAAUGAAAUCCUCCUCAGAGGCCAGGUGCGCUGACACCCAUCUGUAAUCCCAGCACUUUGGGAGGCUGAGGUGGGAGGAUCACUUGAGGCCAGGGGGUCGAGACCAGCCUGGGCAACAUAAGAGAGACUCUUGUCUCUAUAACAAAUUUAAAAAUUAGCUCACCAGGCCAGGCUCAGUGGCUCAUGCCUGUAAUCCCAACACUUUGAGAGGCCGAGGCAGGUGGAUCACGAGGUCAGGAGUUCGAGAGCAGCCUGAUCAACACGGCGAAACCCUGUCUCUACUAAAAAUACAAAAUUAGCCAGGCAUGGUGGCACGCACCUGUAAUCCCAGCUACUCGGGAGGCUGAGGUAGGAGAAUUGCUUGAACCCAGGAGGUGGAGGUUGCGGUGAGCCAAGAUCAUGCCAUUGCAGUCCAGCCUGAGCAACAGAGCAAGACUCUGUCUCGAGACAAUAAAAACACACAAAAAAUUAACUCGCCAGGAUGGCACAUGCCUAUAGUCCUAGCUACUUGGGAGGCUGAGGUGGGAGGAUUCCCUUCAGCCCAGGAGUUUGAGGCUGCAGUGAGCCACUAUGAUUGUGCCACUGCACUCUAACCUGGGCAAAAGCGAGACCCCAGGCUAGAGUGCAUGAUUUUGGGUCACUGCAACCUCCACCUCCCAGGUUCAAGUGAUUCUCCUGCCUCAGCCUCUUGAGUAGCUGGGACUACAGGCAUGUGCCACCACGCCUGGGUGAUUUUUGUAUUUUUAGUAGAGACAGGGUUUAGUAGAGACCAUGGUGAAACCCCGUCUCUAUUAAACAAAUCUCUACUAACCCCAUCUCUACAAAAAACAGCUGGGCGUGGUAGUGCACACCUGUAAUUCCAGCUACUUGGGAGGCUGAGGCACGAGAAUCAUUUGCAUCUUGGAGGCAGAGUUUGCAGUGAGCUGACAUCGCACCACUGCACUCCAGCCGGGAUGACAGAGCAAGACCCUGUCUCAAAAAAAGGAAAAAGGAACAAACAACAGCAACGACAACAAAAAACCCUCUGUGUCAAUCACAGCCUUCAAGCUAGGGGAGAGGCGGCCGAAUUCUGCCCUCUGCUAACUAACUAUAGCUUUGUGGAAAUGGGUGAGUGGCAUGCCCUUUUGAGCCUCAGGGCCCCAUCUGUAAAAUGGGCAUAACCGUCAUGCCCGUCUUUAAGAACAGCCUUGGGGGUAAAUGAGUGGAACUCAUGGAAAGAUCUCAGCCCACAACCUUCCACAGAACAGGCGCUUCUCACACAGUAAGUAGCAGGAGUGCAGAGGCUGCAGGCAUGAAUCCAGCCAGACUGCCUGGGUUCAAGUCCCAGCUCCCACGUCUUGGUAACUAUGUGGCCUCAGACAAGUUACUUAAUAUUUCUUUUUUUUUUUCUUUUCAGAAGGAGUUUUGCUCUGUCACCCAGGUUGGAGUGCAGUGGUGUGAUCUCGGCUCAUUGCAACCUCUGCCUCCCGGGUUCAAGCAAUUCUCCUGCCUCAGCUUCCUGAGUAGCUGGAAUUACAGGCACCUGCCACCACACAAAGCUAAUUUUUGUAUUUUUAGUAGAGACGGGGUUUCACCAUGUUGGCCAGGAUGAUCUCGAACUCCUAACCUCAUGAUCCGCCUGCCUCAGCCUCCCAAAGUGCUGGGAUUACAGGCGUGAGCCACCAUGCCCAGCCAAAUCUAGGGCCAGAACGUGGCUGCAGCAUAUAAAAAGAAUUGAAUUCCAUACUUUUGUUAACCCUGUUUUUUGUUUGUUUGUAGUUGUUGCUGUUUUUGAGACAGAGUCUCGCUCUGUCGCCUAGGCUGGAGUGCAGUGGUGCAAUCUCGGCUCACUGCAGACUCUGCCUCCCGGGUUCAAACUAUUCUCCUGCCUCAGCCUCCCAAGUAGGUGGGACUACAGGUGCCCACCACCACACCCGGCUAAUUUUUGUGUUUUAUUAGAGACAGGGUUUCACCAUAUUGGCCAGGCUGGUCUGGAACUCCUGACCUUGUGAUCCGCCCACCUCGGCCUCCCAAAGUGCUGGGAUUACAGGCGUGAGCCACCACACCCAGCCCCUCUUUUGUUUUUGUUUUGCUUGCUUCUUAGGGUUGUUUUUCUAUUUAUGGUAAAGGCAUUGGCUUUCCAUUUGUAGCAUCAAUAGAAUAUUUCCUGUUUACAAUAACCUUAUGUCAUAGUAAAUGGUAAAGGGAUUUAAAGCAGUGGUUUUCAGCUGCCAGAGGCCUGAGAGAGUUUGGGCACACUCUGUGUGAUCGGGCAGAAGGCCUGUGGGAAGUUUAGCAGAGGACAGGGCCAGGAAAGGUGAUGGACAGUGGGGGUCUGUCCUGGUCACCAGGCCCCUGGGUCCUGCCCACCUGCUUGGAGCUCCCCACCCAUCACACAUGAUGCUGCCAAGCCCUCUGGGUAUUGUGGGCAAAUACCUUAGGAGAGAAGCUGAUGAACUUUGUUUCUUGAAAUGCACAGAUUCCUUGGACAUCCCUGAGAGAUCAGUCAUGAAAGUCAACUUGGUUUUCUCCCCCUCAUUUGGGUUCAGAAUUUAAAGUCCACACACACAGGCAGUAAGAUGAUAUAGAUAAGGACAUCAUCACUCGGUUUCGGAUGUUAAAAUGUCUAGGUGGGUUAGGGGUGAUUUGCGAUCACACAACCUUGUGGCACAAAGAGGAAUUCCCAGGCCAGAGGGAGACAUUUUAUUGCCAUGUUACGAUCUUAUCAUUGAGUUGAAAGGCAAUCUUCUUUCAUUUUGGAUUCUUUCAUAUGUUUAUGUCUUCUAAGGGCACUUUGAAUUUCCAAGCAAAUAAUAAUUUUGAAUUAGCUUUUAAUCAUUGACUUCUAGCACAGUUAUAUGAUCAGAAACAUGCUGUGUGAUUUGAUUGCUCUCAAAUAUAUUGAGAUUUGUUGGAACAAAAUAAGUCAGGUUAAUUUUUGUAAAUGUACCAUGCAUGCUUAAAAUGAAUGUAUCUACAUUUGUUCCUGAGAUACAGGUUGAUGGACGGAUGGCUACAUGGAUGUGAUGGAGAUGGUUUACUAUCGGGACCUUCCGCAUCCUGCUGAUGUUUUGUUGCUUAGGAUAUGAAUGGCUGAGCGGAGGCUGUAAAACCUGGCACCCUGCUUGGGUAUGAGGUUCUUCCUGCCAUCCUGCCAUCAUUUGUUUUUUAUGUUUUGUCGCCAAAAGUGACCUUGAGGAACCCUGGGAGCUCAGGAAGGAAGGAGCGCCCAGAAGCAGGGACAGGGAGCUGGUUGGGGAGG